AGUUUCUCCAAAAACAAAAAACUUUUCCUAUCAAACCCAUUGUUCGAGAAUUAUUUUUCAGAAAUUUUGUAUAAAUACAUUUUUCCCGUUGUGUAAAUUAAACGUAUAUUAGUUUUGCAAAAUUAACGUCUGAAACGGUGAAUCAGACGAAAAUUGCUAUCGAAUCAAUAACGCUUGCCCCCUUUUGUUUGUAAAUAUACAAUAUUAUUAUCAAUCGAUUGGGUAAGUGAGAUCUUUGUUAUGAACUACUGACGUUUUGCGAUUCUUGGAGACAAGGUUUCGUAGAGAAAACCUACUCACUUUUGUGAUAUUAUAGACCUAGUAAAAUAAAUUUAUACAUAAAGAAUACAAAAAAAGAUUCGGCUGCGAUAUGUCAAGUCGGCGCGACGGUAUGUCGUCAAAACAAAUUUAUGAUCUCGACACCAUAUGGGGAGAUUUGAAGAACGGAAUUGAGCAUGUCUACAAUCGACAGUCCAUGCCCAAGCCUCGAUAUAUGGAACUGUACACUCAUGUAUACAAUUACUGUACCAGCGUACAUUUAAAUCCCAACAAAAACACAACCGUACAAGGUAACCGUUCUAAAAAAAGUAAUUCAAAUUCAACAGCCCAGGUCGGUGGAGCUCAACUGGUUGGUCUUGAAUUGUAUCGUAGGAUCAAAGAUUUUUUGCGACAUUAUUUAAUAGAUUUAAUAAGCCGUGGCGCAAAUUUUAUGGACGAGGAUGUACUUGCUUUCUAUACUCGAGAAUGGGAAGAUUAUCGUUUUAGUUCAAAAGUGCUUAAUGGUGUUUGUUCGUAUCUAAAUCGGCACUGGGUACGCAGAGAAUGUGAAGAAGGACGUAAAGGAAUUUAUGAAAUUUAUCAAUUAGCUUUGGUAGCAUGGCGGGAUUGUCUAUUCCAACAAUUACAUAAAAGAGUUACUAAUGCUGUUUUAAAAUUAAUUGAACGUGAACGAAAUGGAGAAUCUAUAAACACACGUUUAGUUAGUGGCGUUAUAAAUUGUUAUGUUGAACUUGGUUUGAAUGAAGAGGAACCUUCCAUAAAAGGCCAAAGUUUGACUAUCUAUAAAGAAUCUUUUGAAAAAACAUUUUUGGAAGAAACAAAAUGUUUUUAUAUCAAAGAAAGUGAUCAGUUUUUGGCCAAUAACACAGUUACAGAAUAUAUGAAAAAAGCAGAACAGCGUUUGCAAGAAGAACAAAAAAGAGUUAGAGAUUAUUUGCAUGAAACCACAUUAGUAGGACUUGCAGAUACUUGUGAAAAAGUAUUAAUUCGUAAACACAUGGAAAUUUUCCAUGCAGAAUUUCAAAAUCUUUUAAACUUUGAAAAAAAUGAAGAUCUCGGUCGUAUGUACCAAUUAGUUUCUCGGAUACAAGAUGGUCUUGGAGAAUUAAAAAAUAUAUUGGAAUGUCACAUAUUGGCUCAAGGUCAGACUGCAAUUGAGAAAUGUGGCGAUGCAGCUUUUAAUGAUCCAAAAACAUACGUGAGCGUUAUCCUUGAUGUACAUAAAAAGUACAAUGCAUUAGUUGCUCUAUCGUUCAACAAUGAUUCAGGCUUUGUAGCCGCUUUAGACAAAGCCUGUGGUGGAUUCAUUAACAACAAUUUAGUAACUAGACAAUAUAACUCCAGUUCCAAAAGUCCAGAGAUGUUAGCCAAAUUUUGUGAUUUGCUGUUGAAGAAAUCCAGUAAAAAUCCUGAAGAAGCAGAACUUGAAGAUACAUUGAAUCAGGUGAUGAUUAUGUUUAAGUACAUCGAAGAUAAAGACGUAUUCCAAAAGUUUUAUAGCAAAAUGUUAGCCAAACGUUUAGUUCAACAUAUGUCAGCUAGUGAUGAUGCUGAAGCGUCUAUGAUAUCUAAACUAAAACAAGCUUGUGGGUUUGAGUAUACUUCUAAACUUCAACGUAUGUUCCAAGAUAUUGGAGUUUCUAAAGACUUAAAUGAAGCUUUUAGAAAACAUGUAACCACCUCAAACAUGCCUCAUGAUAUCGACUUCAGUAUACAAGUUCUGUCGUCCGGCUCAUGGCCAUUUCAGUACCUUCUCACUUUUUCUCUGCCAUCUGAAUUGGAGCGUUCUGUUCAAAGAUUCACCCAGUUUUACAGUGGCCAGCAUUCAGGCCGUAAACUCAACUGGUUGUAUAACAUGUCGAAAGGGGAAUUAGUCACAAACUGUUUCAAAAAUCGCUACACACUACAAGCAUCAACUUUCCAAAUGGCUGUUUUAUUGCAAUAUAACCUACAAGAAUCGUGGACCAUUAACCAACUAUCUGAAUCAACACAAUUAAAAUUGGACUAUUUAAUACAAGUCUUGCAGAUUUUAUUGAAGGCUAAAUUAUUAAUGUGUGAAGAUGAUGAUAUGUGUUUGCAAGGCAAUUCUGUUGUAAGUCUGUAUACUGGUUACAAAAACAAAAAACUUCGUGUAAAUAUCAAUGUACCAAUGAAACAGGAAAUAAAACUGGAACAAGAAAGCACUCACAAGCAUAUCGAGGAAGACAGAAAAAUGUUGAUCCAGGCAGCUAUUGUGAGGAUAAUGAAAAUGCGUAAAGUAAUGAAACACCAACAGCUAACUGCUGAAGUAUUGACACAACUAUCAUCAAGAUUUAAGCCUAGAGUAAAUGUGAUCAAAAAAUGUAUAGACAUCCUUAUUGAGAAAGAGUAUCUAGAGAGAACUGAGGGACAGAAAGAUUCGUAUAGUUACUUGGCUUAAGCAACCACUCAUUUGGAAUUUCUAUUUACAAAUAUUUUGUAUUAUGUUACAGAUUUUACUAAUAUUUUUUAUUCAUAAGUGUAAAAUAAAAAAAAAACUCUUUAAAGUAAUGUCUUCGACUUUAUUGAUUAUUAUUAAAAAUGUAAAGAGCAAAUAUUUAUUUAUUUCUUUAAAAACAUUGAAAUAAUAUUAUAUAAGUUAAUGUUAUUGA